GCGGCGGCGGCGGCCCCGCACCCAGCGCCCGCACCCACCGCCCGCCUCCCGCGGGCGGCGGCAACAAAGGCCCUUCCCCGCCCCCGCCGCCGCCUCCCGCCGCCGCCGGCAGCGUCCUUGCGGCAGGAAGAUGCCCGGGGAGGUGCCGCCGCCGGCGCCCCGGGGGCUGCGGAGCCUCCCGCUGCUGCUGCUGCUGCUGCUCAGCGCCCGCGCCGCGCUGGCUCAGCGCUGGCGCAAUGAGAACUACGAGCGGCCCGUGGACCUGGAGGGCUCUGGGGACGACGACCCCUUUGGAGAAGAUGAGCUGGACGACAUCUACUCCGGCUCUGGCUCGGGGUAUUUCGAGCCGGAGCCGGGGCUGGACACGGCCGUGAGCCUGACCACGGACACGCUGGUGACGCUGCCCACCACGGCGGCCGUGCUGCCUGUCACUGCUGCCCAGCCCGUGGCAACACCCCUGGAGCCGUCCCCCACCCCCCAGGACACCACCCCCGGGCAGGCCACCAGCGCCUUCCUCAUCCCCAGGACCACAGAAGCACCGGUGGUGCCCAGCUGGAAAGCCACCACCACCAGCACCAUGGCCAGCGAGCCCCCAACCACCACAGCCACCACCACCACCACAGCCACCACCACCACAGAGGCCACCACCACCACCACCACCACCACCACCACCAUGGAGGCCACCACGACCACAAGCAGCACCACUGUGGCCACGGCCAAGCCCACCACCAUCCGGAGGUUCCUGCCCCCCUUGGCCACCAAGGCGGCCACCACCCGGGCCACCACCCUGGAGACCCCCACCACACCCGUCCCUGAAACCAGCACGCCGACAGAGGUGGCCACGUCACGCCUUGUCCCCACCAGCACGGCCAAGCCCAGGGCUCUGCCAAAGCCCAGCACCUCGAGGACUGCAGAGCUCCCCGAGAAAAGCACGGCGUUGCCACCCAGGGCCACCACGCAGCCGCCCACAGAGGCCCCCCAGAUGGAGCCAGGGGAGGUGACAACAGCCCCCGAAAAGGAGCCGGAGGUCCCGGCCAGCAGCGGCCCCAGCGGGGACUUUGAGAUCCGGGAGGAGGAGGAGACGACUCGUCCUGACCUCGGGAACGAGGUGAUGGCUGUGGUGACGCCGCCGGCUGGGCCAGGGCCAGGCAGGAACGUGGAGACAGGGCUGAUGGACAACACGAUAGACUCGGGCAACUCGGCUGCUCAGCUGCCCCAAAAAAACAUCCUGGAGAGGAAAGAGGUGUUGAUAGCGGUCAUCGUGGGUGGCGUUGUGGGCGCCCUUUUCGCCGCCUUCCUGGUGAUGCUGCUCAUCUACCGCAUGAAGAAGAAGGACGAGGGCAGCUACACCCUGGAGGAGCCCAAGCAGGCCAACGUCACCUACCAGAAGCCGGACAAGCAGGAGGAGUUCUACGCGUAGACGGAGAGCCCGGAGUGCCUCACGCUUCCUCCCUCCCUCCCUCACCGCUCCAAACCCUCCCCCUCCUCUCCUCCAUCCAGUCUCUCUCUCCCCUCCCUCUUCUCUCUCUUUUUUUGGGAUCAGACUGUGAAUUUUUAAAAGCAAAACCCGCAGUGGCUGAAGGAGGAAACGUGCCCUUGGCAUGGGGGGCACGGGGUGCCCAGAGCAGCGCCGUGGUCACACUGAGUGUGCCUGGGUCACACUGAGCAGUGCCGAGGUGACACCGAGCAGCACCAUGGUCACACCGAGCAGCGCCUGGGUCACACCGAGCACCCUGAGGUCACACCGAGCAGCACUGCAGUGACACCGAGCAGCGCCAAGGUCACACUGAGCGUGCCCAAGUCACACCAAGCAGCGCCAGGGUCACACCGAGCAGCGCCAAGGUCACACUGAGCAGUGCCCAGGUCACAUCAAGCAGCACCAUGGUCACACUGAGCACUGCUGAGGUGACACUGAGCACCCUGAGGUCACACCGAGCAGCACAGCAGUGACACCGAGCAGUGCCGUGGUCACACUGAGCAGUGCCAAGGUGGCACCAAGCAGUAC